UUCCUGUGUCGCCUCCCGACAUGCACCGCGGCAGAAAAUGGCCGCACGGCACUAGUUGACUCUUGUUUAGGCGUUCGUAGCCUUGCUAGAAGUGUGCGUGAGUGAGCCUAUGUGUCGCUGAGAGGCAGAGAAGCCAGUCUCGAGGACCGUGGUGGCCAUUGGUAGUGUUGGAGGGUCGGCGGCGAGGAGGGGCACGAGGCGCCACCCACAACAGCUGACUCCUGCCACCACCACCGCUCCCUCGCCCAUGAUGGACCAAACUGUACCGUGUAUGUUGUUGAUAUAGUGAUAAGCAGUGCUACAAGGACGGCAACAUGUCGGGCGAGGCGCCGGAGAAGGGUAAUGAGGACUCCAUUAAGGUGGUGGCCAGGUUUAGGCCGCUGAAUGACUCUGAGGAGCGAGCGGGGUCCAAGUUCAUAGUCACAUUCCCACACAACAAAGAUGACCAACUAGUCAACAUAGGGGGCAAAGUCUAUCAGUUUGACAACAUCCUGAAGCCUAAUGUUUCGCAAGAAAAAGUCUACAAUACUGCUGCCAGAGAUAUUGUUAAAGAUGUACUCAAUGGUUACAAUGGAACAAUCUUCGCCUAUGGGCAGACUUCAUCAGGGAAAACUCACACCAUGGAAGGUGUUAUUGGGGACCCAAAUCUGCAGGGCAUCAUACCUCGUAUCAUUCAAGAUAUCUUUAAUCAUAUUUAUAACAUGGAAGAAAAUCUUGAGUUCCAUAUCAAAGUAUCUUAUUUUGAAAUCUACAUGGAUAAAAUUAGAGAUCUCUUAGAUGUGUCGAAGGUGAAUCUGGCUGUACAUGAAGAUAAAAACCGUGUACCAUUUGUGAAGGGUGCCACUGAACGGUUUGUGUCAUCUCCAGAAGAAGUGCUUGAGGUCAUAGAGAUGGGCAAAAGCAAUCGUCAUGUUGCAGUUACAAACAUGAAUGAGCAUAGUUCAAGAAGUCACAGUGUGUUCCUAAUUCAAGUAAAACAAGAGAAUAUAGAGUCACAGAAGAAACUUCUUGGAAAGCUUUAUCUUGUUGAUUUAGCUGGUAGUGAGAAGGUCAGCAAAACUGGGGCAGAAGGUUCUGUUUUAGAUGAGGCAAAGAACAUCAACAAAUCCCUUUCAGCCUUGGGCAAUGUUAUUUCUGCCCUUGCUGACAACAGUAAAACACACGUUCCGUACCGAGAUUCUAAACUCACUCGAAUUCUUCAAGAAUCACUUGGUGGUAAUGCAAGAACUACAAUUGUUAUUUGCUGCUCUCCAGCUUCAUUCAACGAAUCUGAAACAAAAUCGACACUUGAUUUCGGCAAGAGAGCCAAGACUGUGAAGAAUGUCGUGACAGUCAAUGAGGAGCUAACAGCUGAGGAGUGGAAGCGUCGCUAUGAGAAGGAGAAAGAAAAGGUUGCAAAGCUUAAGGCACAACUGGAGAAAAUGGAUCUAGAACUUGGAAGAUGGCGUGCUGGCGAGUCUGUGAGCACUGAUGAGCAAGUGGCUAUUGAUAUGGAUGCUUCGACAACUUCACAGCAAUUUAUUCAAGUCUUGGCUCCACCUGUGGCUGUCGAUGGAGAUGCAGCCGAGUGGGCACGAGAACGCGAGCGCCUCUACCAAAACUUGGACGAGAAGGAUGACGAAAUCAAUCAUCAGUCACAGCUUGUGGAAAAACUUAAGGAACAAAUGCUUGAGCAGGAGGAGUUGAUUUCAUCGACUCGACGUGAUUAUGAACUUCUACAAUCAGAGAUGACCCGCCUUACUAAUGAGAAUGAGAAAGCUAAGGAAGAAGUAAAGGAAGUUUUACAGGCCUUGGAGGAAUUGGCUGUCAAUUACGACCAGAAAACAGAAGAAGUGGAGCGCAAGAGCAAAGAGAAUGAGAGUCUAACUGAGGAACUUGGUCAGAAACAGGCAUCACUAAGUGUAGCCACCUCUGAACUCCAGACAGUGAAAGACUCUCAAUUACAUCAAAAGAAACGUAUAAAUGAGAUGCUGGUAUCUCUUCUCAAAGAUCUGAAUGAAGUGGGGUCACUCAUUGGAACUUCCAAUGAUGCCAUGAAGAACCUUGGGGAUGUUGAAGGCAAGGUGGAAGAGGAGUUCACUGUUGCAAGACUCUACAUAUCAAAGAUGCGCUCAGAGGUGAAGAACUUGUCACAGCGAUGCUCGACACUUGAAACAAAACAGACAGAUAUGCAUUCACAAAUGGAAGAACGUGAGAAGGAACUUAUUGAGGCCAAGCUGCUCGUUACGCAACAUGAGGCCAAGAUGAAGACACUCUCACAGUCUAUGAAAGAAGGAGAUAAUAAGAAGAGGUCCUUGGAAGAACAGGUGGAUUCCCUGAAUGAGGAAGUUGCUCGCCUGAAGGCAGUGUCUAAGGUAUCUGAACAAGAUGGCCAUGUUAAAGAUGCUCUUGAGAAGCAGAUUGAACAACACAGGGAACAGCACCAGAAACAGUUGGCAGCACUGCGAGAUGAAAUUACUGAGAAACAGCAACAGAUCGAUGAACUGACAGAUGAAACCCAAAAGAGAGCUGUCACAGAGGAACAGCUGAAGGCAGAGUAUGAGAAGCUGAAGGCUGAGGUUGCUGAAAAGACUACUAAAUUGAGCGAAUUAACGAUUGUCCACGAGCGUAAGGAGCAGGCGCGGCAGGACCUUAAAGGUCUUGAAGAGACUGUGGCCAAAGAGUUGCAGACUUUGCACAAUUUACGUAAAUUAUUCGUGCAGGAUCUCCAGGCCAGAGUGAAGAAGUCUGUGUCGGGAGAGGAGAGUGACGAAUCGGGUGGAUCGUUAGCUCAAAAGCAGAAGAUCCAAUUUUUGGAAAAUAAUUUGGAUCAGUUGACUAAGGUACAUAAACAGCUGGUGAGAGAUAAUGCUGAUCUUCGGUGUGAACUUCCCAAGUUAGAGAAGAGACUUAGAGCAACAAUGGAGCGUGUAAAGGCUUUGGAGACAGCAUUAAAAGAGGCUAAGGAAGGUGCAAUGAAGGAUCGCAAAAGAUACCAACAGGAAGUUGACAGAAUUAAAGAAGCGGUGAGACAAAAGAAUCUUCAGCGUAGAGGCACUGCUGCACAGAUUGCUAAACCAAUUCGUGCUGGACACGCACCCCAACCAAAUCAUGCAAGCAAUCCUGUUAUUCGUGGAGGAAUGCAGCCCUACCAGCCACCAGCAAUGCAGAAGCGAGUAGCAAGUGGUGGUGCACGAAUGGACAUGUCGAGCUAAACUUAGUGGUGUCGAUGAUUCUGAGAUAGAAUCCAGCCCCUGUGUAUGUUGAGCUGUGGCCAUGUUCUCAUGAAACAUUGUUACCAAUCUCAAUUUUAUACCACCAUAUUUGUGCACCCGCCACUAAAUUUGUUGUUAUUGCAUUGCUUGACGAGGCAGAUGGGUAAUGAGGGUUGGGAAGUAAGGGGGGUAAAGGUAAUGAUAUCAUUUUGUAGAGCCUUGGACAUUUGUAUUAUUUUGCAUAUUACAAUUGCUUUUCUUUUAAGACGUUUUUACCUUGAAAUUUUUGGAUGCUCGAUUUAUAUUUUUCCCUGAGUUUAAAAUUAAGCCUUCAGAAGUACAAAUCAAGGUUCGUUAUAAGUGAAUCAUUUGCCUGUAAGAAUUGUCAGGUUUGUCAUCAUUAAGUCCAGAAGAAAUGUUUACAUGCAAAGUAGUGAAGCACAAAUGGAGGGGACACCUUUGAUCAACUGCCAAGUCAUAUGCAAAUGUCUUGUGGUUUUAAAAAUCACUGUGGAUGAGCUUUAUGGUUAAGGUGGGAGAUGAAAGGUGUAGAUUGUUAGAACAAAUUACAGUUUAAUUUCCGUUACAAUUCAUCAUUACAUGAUAAGCCUCGUGAAGUUGAGAAUUAUUUGGACCAAAAUGAUUGAUUUGAUGAAGUGAAUUGUACUCUUAAUAAUUGUGACUUCUGAUACAUGUCUGAAAAGCACCAGUGGCUUUUUAUGGUGUAUUCUGCUUUUAAACAAUUAUACAAUGUCCCAAUCUUUACAAUCAGAUUGUAUCAUAUAAUACCUGUUACAUUUUCUCUGUACAAUAAUGUAAAGUUUCAUAUCAUAAUAUACCUAAGAUGUUUUGAUGGAUUUAUUUCUCUAAAUGGAUGAAAUAGAUAUAAAAGCAGCUAUUUAGAAAUAUAAUUUGUAUAGGGUUUUCUAAUAUAUAUACUGCACUGGUAUUUUUAUAUAUAAAUUAAUGUUGAUAAAAUUAAAGAGGCAACUUACACAGCUUUUAUGUAUUAAUUGUUGAGGAUUAAUAAUAAUUCUCAGCUAAAUUUGCUUUUGGUUUAAUUUUAGGUUAAUAGUUUCCAUGAUCUUGGAAGAGCCUGUGGAAUACUCGUAGAUGGUGUUUAAUUGUGUUAUAUUUCAAAAUGGCUGUUUUCAUUUCUUAAAUAUGGAAUGAACCCUCGGAAAAUUUUAACGAGAUGUCCAUUUCCUUUCCUUUUUUGCCUAUUUUUGUCGCUACACGAAGUGUACGUCAGAUGUCAGUAAUGAAGGAGGGUAUUGUAGACAUUGCUCAGUGAGGGAAUGUUCAGUGUCUGAUUUAAUAUAAUGUUGUUUCAGGUUUUAUAUGUAACUUAAGUUUAUGUAAGUGGAUGAUUAUUUUUGAGGCAUUGUACAAAUUUCCUGUGUGAUCCUUAUUGGCCAAGAAAGUCAGAAAGGUCCUAUUUAUUCCCAGUUAUGAUGGUUACAAUGGGAACAUGGGGUUUAAAGAUGUUGAUAGGCUGUAUGGUUCUCGGAGAAGAUAUAUUUUAUGUCGAGACAGUUUAUGCUAAAUCUCUUGGACUUAAUAUAUAGAUAUAUAUUACUGUUUGUUUUCAAUGCUGUAGUAGCCUGUGGCACUACUUGUCAUGUCCUUUAUACUAGACCAGCAGUCACUCCUACAGUAGGUUGAGUGAUCUCUUUCAGCUUUAAAUUGAACACAAGGUGUCCUACAGUGCCCUUAAUAACUUUGGUAUUAGAAACAAUUUUAGCAAUUUUUUUUUUUUAAGUUUUAAAGUCCAUUCCUGAUGGAGAAAACUAGUAUUUAAUUUGGCUAAUUUAUUUAUUUUAAUUGUAGUAUGAGAGCAGCUACAUUUUAUCCAUCCCACUGUUGCCUUAAGUUUAUCCUUGCCAGCAGGAGAUAUCCAGGUUUAUAUUAUCACACGUGCCACUCACCGUAAUUUCAUGCAGUCAGUCACCAUAAGCUACCAUUUUUACAUCAUCUCACGUCAAGGUUUAACCACAUGGCAUCGGCUAUUAAAAUACAAUAUGCAACAUUGCCUUGAAUUAUGUAAAACUGCUUGAAUAAAAUGUCUAGUAACAUAUAAAUCAGACUGUGAGAAAGGUAAUUGUAAUGACCUUUAUAGCUGAUGUAUGUUAUAAUAGCAAAUAUUGUAUCACUUGAUCAUUGUGAACAUUAAGGUGUGUAUAUUCUCUCAUAUUCUUUUAAAUAAGAAUAUUUUAAGAGUAUUCACUUUAGCCGAGUCUCACUAUGAUCAUUAAAAUUAUAAUUGGAAGCAAACUUAAAUUUUUUUUUUUAGUAAAAUAGCCUGAAUGGUAUGCCAAAUAAAAGCCAUAGUUUUUAUUUACCCUGAAAUUAGGUGUGAUGUUAGCAUUGGUGGGUUAGAAAUUGACUAACACUUCUGGUGAUGUACAGACUAUUGUAGUCCAGAUGUAAAACAAAUGUUUUACAAUCCAGAUCUGUUACCCAGUUGGAGAGAUAAAAGUAUUACCACGGCUUUCUCACCAUGUUUGCUAGGAUUUAGCUGUAAUUAGCCCUGGCCCUUUGAUCAGAAACUUUUCGGUUGGACUUAUGCAGGGAGAGGAAAACAAAAGCAAAGUGAAAGUAUUUUACAAUUGUAAAAUUUAUUGCACUAAAAUUGCUGCCUCGGCUUUACAUGCUUGUACUAUGGAAAGGUACUGCAGUAAAAUCACUAAUUAAU